GGGCGGGAGAGAGAGGGAGGGAGAGUCUGGAGGUAAAGUAGUGAAGAGGGAGAGCUGCUGGAGUCACUUCCCUCCUCGUAACCAGCCAGUGCAGUAGUCACCCCGCACUUGCUCUCUCUCUCUCCCCCGCGCAACUACAGCAGCACUUGGCAAGAUGAUGUCACGACAAACUAUGGGGGCGGCCCUCGUGGCUCUCCUGUGCACCUCCCUCGUGACCUCCACUCUGGCAGCUUCCAUGGACGCACAGGAGGCUCAGACAGGGAGGAAAUUCGUCACCAAAUCCAACAACAUCAAGAAGAACGAGGAUCUGAGAAGGGACACACAGCCACAGCCUCGACCCCAGCAGGCAGUUCCUUCACCGGCCAAACAGGGCGUUGCUAAUGACGGAGGCUUCCAAUGGGGCAACAUGUUCAAUAUGGUGAUGAAGGUGCUGUUCGGUGGCCCCAUCUCAGGACCCAACGGUGCCUCAGACAAGAUGGACUACAUUACCCAACUCACCACCGGGGAGUUCUCGUGGUCCAAGUUGGUGUCCCUCGGUGUCCAGCUGGUUCUCAAUGUACUUGGCGGUGGAGACAACGCAGCGAUCGACAAGAUGGACUCCGGUUCUCCCGUAGAGGGCAUCCUAACGGCCAUCAUCUCCUACCUGACCGGCUCUAACAAUCCUGACGAGGUUGGCGUGAUGGCAAAGCAGGCGUCUGAGCUGUUCGGUCUCGUGGUCACCCUCCUGGACGCCCUCCGCACCAGCUUCUCCCAGCGUUCCUUCGAUGCCCGCAGUAUUGGCACCUCUGAUCCAUUUGCUGAUGCCGGAGUCGCUGCCACCACCAUGCUCAAGACCUACAUCAAGACAUACGAAACAGAGGACGACAUUUGCAUGCAGCAGUACCUUUGCGAGGCCAAUUCUGACUGCGUCCUUGGCACUGAGAGAGAGGAAUAUUUUCAACACACACCUGUCUCACACACCUACCAACACCCCACACCUGCCCUUACCUCACCUGUCCAUAUGUCACACCAACCCCACAUCUCACCUGUUAACACCUCCCAGUCCACACCUGACCCAAAAGACACCUAUCCACAUGCUCACCUUUCCCACACUUCACCUGCCAACAACUACCUGACACGCCCUCACACCUGCAGAUACGGCAUGAGUUACCUGCUGGAGCGCACCACUUACACUCCCUUCGAGAUCUUCAACGACGCCGGCAGGAGGGGACGCGUGGGGGAGAACUGCAAGACGGUGUUCAACGAGUGUAACCAGGUGUAAGGCGCCUCCCAGGUUCCCCCAGUGUUGUGAGGGCACCCCGAGUAAUUCUGACAGGUAUUUUUUGGGCGUCCCCGGCAGAUAGUGAUAUUUAAACGUAGUAUGUAAUCGUUUUUUAGAUGGUCUAACUGCUUCUAGAGUUCAUGAGAGCAUUUGGGCGUGGUCAGAAGGCGUUCUAACUCUAUACAAGUGUGUCCAAAGGCGUUCAAAGACGUCCUAAGCGUCUUUUAAGAGCAUUGCAACGCUUCAACGCCACUUUUAGUGUACUAUAGACAGUUUUCCGGACAGUUUUGAGCGCUCUAGUGAUUCAGAGCCCUCGCCAAGAUGUAGCGGCGGCGUGUGACUCCCCCGGCUGUGUCCUCCGCACUGACUGACUCAAAAGGACCCAGGGACUGAAGGAGACACAGCCGGGGUGCUCUCGCCGCCCUACGCACCCUCAGAACCCUAACACUGCUGACGGAACAGAGAGACUGACGCACGGACGCUCUUCAUGUUACGUAGCAUUAUGAUGUUAUUUAUUCUCCUUCAUUCGCUUUGACGCUUUGCCUGGGCGUCUCUAGGGACUGUUUAUGUUAAGAUUAGAGGCAUUGAGGUGAUGGAGGACGUAAAUAAGAGUGAGAGCAACAGAGAGAAUGAAGUGAAUGGUUGUGUAUGAAAGACAAGAGUGAGAUUAUAAAAAAAAUUACUACUACAUGCAAAAUACUUACAGGGCAGUUCUGUUUACGAGUAUUAAUCAAUCAUAUAUACACUAUAGUGGUAUCUGUAUAUCGAGGAUGUAUUUAAGUAAACACGUAUAGCCUUCUCUCAACGAUAUAAUCACGUAGACGUAAACAACAAUGUAGGUUAGUAUUUAUAAACCACUUCUAAACUCCCUAUCCCUCCCCAGCCUGACCUGACCACCCCUCUCCCCUCCCCCACCGUCCAAAGCCUCGCCUGUGUCCCUGUCCACUGACCCUCGACCCUGCAAGAUGACCUGAGGCUGACCUGGUGUGACUUGUGCUGACUUUAGGGGGACGAGGGUCAGCUGACGGACACGGCGGGGUUGGUAGAAUGAAAAGGUCAAGAUUCAUCCAGUGUCACCUUGUGUUGUGAUACAGAAAAUGUGCUGCGUUUUUUUUUUUUUUUUUUUUUCUUUAGAGGUUGUUUUCUCACACUCGUCUCGUCGCGUAGCUAAGAAAAUUUUGAUGCAUAGUAAUAAAGAGGAAUUUAUUUUGUUCGUUCACAUGUAAAGAAAAGGAAAAUCGUUCGUUCAGGUUUCAUAUUGAGAUUUUUUAAGGUUACUUUGAGCUGAAAUAUUUCGGAAUUGGAAAGUUUUGUGGGUUUUUGAAGAUUAUGAAAAAAAAAAUGUACGUUCAAGUCAUCUUAAAUUUUCACUUUCUUCUCAAACACCUAAAAAUGUCUUAAAUGAACGAGACUUUUUUGGAUAUUCAGUAACGAAAAGAAUAAUGAAAUACAGAAUCACAAGUUACUUUAUUUCUAAGCUUGUGAUUCUUGUCUUCCUCUUUCACUGUGGAUUUUAUCUUUUAUCGCUCAGUGUUCAAAUUACAAGCACGAGUGUUUCCAUUAAUGUUAGUUUGAGGCGAGUGAAAGAUUCAGCUUCUGGAGAAAUGGCAGCACUUUUGUUCCCCCCCCCUUCACCUUACAAUGUUGCUGCCUCCCAACACAACACACUCCCCCACCCCACCCCAGUACCUGACUCAUCCCCCUGGACUCCCACACACCUGUAGCAACACACACACACACACACACACACACACACACACACACACACACACACACACACACACACACACACACACACACACACACACACACACACAGAUUUUCAUUAUUUAUUUAUUUGUUACUUGUUAAGUUUGAGCAUAAUCAUUCCCGCUGGCGGGCCAAAACAGGAACAUAAAAAAAUAAACAAAAAAAAAAAAAAGAAGAUAAAUAUAUACAUUGUUUAAAGGCAUGUAUCUACAAAGCCACGACUCAAAGGCAGACGACAACUGGACCAGCUGCUGACGACCCUUGACUACCACCACCACCACCUCCACCACCACCACCACCAUGACCCCGCUCAGGUGCUAAUUCCACCUGCAACACCUUCCUCACGUGCCCUGCUGGCUUCAGGUGCCUUGUGACGUAACACUGGUGGUGGUGAGGGUGAUGCGUGGUGGUGGGGGGAUGGGGAGGUGGAGGGAGGAGUCAGCAGGCCUGGACUCCCCCCUCCUUCCCCUCCCCACCCUGAACAAGCAGCGAUGGACUGUAGCCUUCCCUCGUGGCAAUAAACUCAUGUGUUAAC